AUGACUGUUAACUACACCUGGUGGAAAGAAGCCUCAAUUUACCAAAUCUGGCCUGCUUCAUACAAAGACUCCAACGGAGAUGGCGUUGGUGAUAUCCCUGGUAUCAUCUCCAAGUUGGACUACGUCAAGAACUUGGGAGUCGACAUCAUUUGGUUGUCACCCAUGUACGACUCUCCUCAGGAUGACAUGGGCUACGAUAUCUCUGAUUACGAGAGCGUCUAUCCCAAAUACGGUACCAUCGAGGACAUGGAUACUUUGAUCUCCGAAGUUCACUCUCGUGGUAUGAGGUUGGUGCUUGACUUGGUCAUCAACCACACUUCUGACCAGCACAAGUGGUUCGAGGAGUCCAGAUCCUCGAAGACCAACCCAAAGCGUGACUGGUACAUUUGGAAGCCUCCUAGAAUCGAUGAACAGGGCAACAGGCACCCUCCUAACAACUGGGGUUCCUACUUCUCCGGCUCGGCUUGGAAGUACGAUGAAAGGACUGACGAGUACUACUUGCACCUUUUCGCCGAAUCCCAGCCUGACUUGAACUGGGAGACCGAGGAGACCAGAAAUGCCAUCUACGACUCUGCUCUCUCAUUCUGGUUCAAGAAGGGUAUCGACGGUUUCAGAAUUGACACCGCUGGUAUGUACUCCAAGGUCCAGCUGUUCCCAGAUGCUCCAAUCGUUUUCCCAGACUCGGAGUUCCAACCAUGCAAGGCGUUCCACCAGUCUGGUCCUAGAAUUCACGAAUUCCACAAGGAGAUGUUUGCCAAAGUCACCUCCAAGUACGACGCCAUGACUGUGGGUGAAGUUGGUCACUCCACUCGUGAGGAUGCUUUGAAGUACGUCAGUGCCAAGGAGAAGGAGAUGAACAUGAUGUUCUUGUUCGAUGUCGUCGAGACCGGUUCUGUCCCUGAAGACAGAUUCCGCUACAAGGGCUUCACUCUCAAGGAGUUCAAGCAGACUGUGAUCAACAUGAGCUCUUUCCUCGAGGGUACUGAUGCCUGGUCCACUGUUUUCACCGAGAACCACGAUCAACCCAGAUCUAUCACUCGUUUUGGUGAUGACUCUCCAAAGUACAGAUUCAAGUCCGGAAAGAUGUUGGCUGCUUUGCAGGCCACCUUGACAGGUACUUUGUUCAUUUACCAGGGUCAGGAGUUUGGCAUGACCAAUAUUCCUAGAUCUUGGUCCAUCGAUGAGUACUUGGACAUCAAUUCGAUCAACUACUACAACCAGUUCAAGAAGGCUCAUCCAAAUGACAAGGAGGCAUUGGAGAAGCUUCUCGACACCAUCAACUUGUUGGGUAGAGACAAUGCCAGAACUCCAGUUCAAUGGGAUGAUUCUGAGAACGCCGGCUUCUCUACUGGUAAGCCAUGGAUGAGAGUCAAUGACAACUACAAGGAGGUCAAUGCUGCAUCUCAAGUCAACGAUGAUAACUCCUUGUUCAACUUCUGGAAGAAAGCCUUGACUGUGAGAAAAGAGCACAAGGACCUCUUGAUCUACGGCAAGCUCAACGUCUUGGACAUUGAUAACGAGAAAACUUUCACCUACACGAAGACUCAAAACAAGGAUACCGCCUAUGUGGUAUUGAACUUCACUUCCGAGGAUGUGAAAUUCGAGAAGUUGGUCGACGGCGACUUGUCGCUCAUUCUCUCUAACGUCGAAUCCGCUGACUCCGACAUCUUGUCUCCAUACGAAGCUAGAGUUUACCUUGUCGAGACAUCCUAA